AGUAAAAAAGAAGUGAUAGCAGUCGUUGAUAUGGCGGCCAUCGAUCGCCAUGGCAACAGUAGCUACAACAAGCGCCACUGUAGCGAAUGCUGAAACGAGCACAACAAGCUGAAUUAAAGCGCUUCAUCCAGCAGUCACGUACUGGAUAUCUUUGUUUGAAAGGAGAACAUGGCCUCAACUUUACAGACUCAACACGACACGCAGGGCGGCGUUUACACGUUCUCCAGCCGCCCGCGACCCGUUCCCCACCGAGCCAAAUACAGAAACACCGCUGAGCCUCUAAAUGAAGAACAGGGCAGUCAUGGAAACAUCAUGUAUGACAGACGUGUUGUCAGAGGAAAUACAUACGCUCAACAUAUCCUACCUAUUACAUCUCAGCCCGAUCCAAUUGAGUUCCUGAGACAACAGGAAGCCAGAAGAAGAGCGAUGUCCAAGAAACGGUUGAAAGAGCAGUUUGGCACAAAAACCCCAGAACCACUGGAGGGCAGAACAAACAUAGAUGUGCAGACAGAGAUGUAUCUGGAAGAACUGAGCGAUCGUAUAGAGGAAGUGAGCGUGGAAUGUCAAACAGACAUGUUCCUGGACAAACCCGCCACCCCCCUCUUCAUUCCAGCCAAAACUGGUCGAGAUGCAGCCACACAGAUAGAAGAGGGAGAGCUGUUUGAUUUUGACGUUGAGGUUCAGCCCGUGCUGCAGGUGCUGGUGGGUAAGACGAUUGAGCAGGCUUUGCUGGAAGUGAUGGAGGAGGAGGAGCUGGACAACUUGAGAGCCCAGUACCGAGCGUUUAUAGACAUCCGCAACGCUGAGCUGGUGGAGGUGCAGAGGCUAGAGGAGAGGGAACGGCGCCUCCGUGUGGAGAGAGAGAACCGGAUAAAGCAGCAAAAGGCAGCGCUGGAAAAGGAGAAAGAGACUGCAGAUAAAAUCGCUGCAAGAGCGUUUGCUCAGCAGUACCUCACAGAUUUACUGCCCUCGGUCUAUUCCAAUCUAAAUGAAUCGGGCUAUUUCUAUGACUCUGUGAAGAGAGACCUAGAGACCGGAUUCCUGCCUUGGCUGAUGGAAGAAGUCAGCAACACUUUAGAAAAGAGAUAUGUAGCCCGAACAGUGGUUGACCAACUCAUUCGAGACGUCACUAACCGAAGACUUGAGGCUUUUCAACAGCAAAAAUAAACCUUUCCUUGUAGUAGAAGUAUUCAAGAUCACAUUAUAGAACAUGUUACAGAAUAAAAAAAAACAUGUUAAGAAGGUAGAGUGUAGCAUAUAUUUACACGCUUACCUUUUUUUUUUCAAAUUUAAUUCCAGUAAAUAAUUUACAAUACUCUGCUACCGAAACAAUGCCAUUUUGAUCCCAAAGCAAUGUUUAAUCAAAUCAGACUGUUUUAUUUCAACUUUACAAAGAAUUGUCGAGGUAAGGAAUUAACCUUGUUUGUCGUUAUUAUUUAUUUUAUAAAUAAUACAUCAGAAAACUACUUGAGGAUGUUGAAAAUGCAUCUUAAAAAAUACAAAAACGACCAUAUGUUUAUAAAAACGAAUUUGUUGUUUGAGUACAUUAUCAAAAGCUGUUUUUAUAACACUUAAUAUUCCAGAUGUCAUCACCUUACUGUACAACACCUACACUUCUAAUCCUGUAGAUGGCGCUGCAGAGUUUGCACAUAUGGAUAAUCGUUUCCGAUUAUUAACAAUCCUGUCUAUUUUAUGGCUGUAACACAAGUACUGUAAGGAAAGUUUGUGACAGGCCCUCGUGGUUAUAUUUCGAGUGUGUAAAGCAGCAUUUAUUUGGGGAUAUUAAUGCAGAUUGUGUUUUGUGAAAUUCUGUUAAAAGAAUUAAAAAGUGAUGCUAUAUGCAAACAUAUAAGGUGUUCUUAAAACAGGAUUCAGCAGUUAUUAUAUUUCGACAGAAUAAACAUUGAUCAACUUCA